CAAAUAUUAGCAGUGGGUAACAAAAUUAGGAAAACAAACAACUAACCGGCUUUGCUUCCAUGAACUCUCCUUUAAACACUCUCUCUCGCUCGCAAGCUCCUCCUGUUAAGGCUAUCAUCAUGUUUUUGAUUCUAGAUUUAUAGUGUAUUUGGGUAAGUAAUGGUGCAUGUCGAUUCCCAAUUUCAGCUCUUCCUCCUCGUCCCGCCAUUCCGUAAUUCUCUCCUCGUCUUCUCCCUUUAUAUAUAAUUGUAAAUCAACUUCCUCAGAAGAAACAAAUGCUUACCCAUUGAUUUAAUUCUCUAGUAUUAUGUCAAAAAAAUUCUAAAUAAAUAAAAUAAAUUUGUUUUUGUUUUCAUUUCAUUAUCAUUUCAAAUGUCUGGGACUGGGAUGUGGAGAUGGAGGCAGCUGCCCUUACUCUCCCUGAGGCACAAGAUCUGGACGCAUUUGAAUUCCAUGGAGUGCUUGGUAUGCCAUCGUUCCCUCAUAGGAAUAGGAAUUCAAGAGCGGUACAAGGGGGACAAAGGGGGAGGCGACAACCGCAACGAUGACAGUAACAACUCCCAAACCACUACCAAUUCCACUACUACUACCUCCACUGCUAGGCGAAAGAUGAAAGCGGAGACCAAUUGCCCUCGCUGCUCCUCCCUUAACCCCAUGGAUCUUGUCUUCUCCAAUCGCCACAAUUCUUUCAAUUUGAAUUUUCCUCAUGCCGGCGCUCAUGGUGAUGAUCAAUCUGAUGACACUAGCAGUAAUUCUAGCGGCAGCAAAUCCACCCCGACUUCUACCUCCACGCCCCUCAACUUCUGCCCCACUUGCAAAACCCCCUACCACUUUCGGAUAUCCCCUCUCCAGGGAACCUUCAUGGAGAUUGGCCGCCACCAAAACCAUAAGUCCAAUCCGAAAACUUCUUCUGCUUCUCCACGGAACAGGCUUAGGUUAUCCUUUUGGGACAAUCUCAGAUCCGAGAACUGGCCGCCAACUCCACCUCCUCCAACGCCUCCCCCUCCCGGGAAUGGCAUCGCUGUGCAUACUCCUCCUGGCCCGCCCUUUGCACCCGGAGUUAAUGUCAUACGGGCUACCGGGCCCAAGGAAGACCAUGGUAGUGGUGCGUGGUUGGGCGGGGCCAAUUUGGGAAAGGAUUUGCCUACGCCCAAGGAGAUUUGCAAGGGCCUUGACCAGUUCGUUAUAGGCCAGCGCAGGGCAAAGAAGGUGCUGUCUGUUGCCGUUUACAACCACUAUAAAAGAAUAUACCAUGCCUCAUUGCAGAAAGGGUCAGGAGCAGAAGCAGGAAGUUCAGAAUCAAUUGAUGAUGACGACAAGGUGGAGUUAGAGAAAAGCAAUGUGCUCUUGGUCGGACCAACUGGCUCUGGAAAGACUUUAUUAGCAAAAACUCUGGCUCGCUUUGUCAAUGUUCCUUUUGUCAUUGCUGAUGCAACAACUUUGACACAGGCUGGUUAUGUUGGUGAGGAUGUCGAAUCGAUAUUGUACAAACUACUUUCGGUAGCUGAGUUCAAUGUAGAAGCGGCUCAACAAGGAAUGGUUUACAUUGAUGAAGUUGACAAGAUAACUAAGAAGGUGGAGAGCUUAAACAUUAGCAGGGAUGUUUCAGGGGAGGGUGUUCAGCAAGCAUUAUUGAAAAUGUUGGAAGGAACUAUUGUAAAUGUUCCUGAGAAGGGAGCAAGGAAGCAUCCUCGGGGCGAUAAUAUACAGAUAGAUACAAAAGACAUCCUUUUCAUUUGUGGUGGAGCAUUUGUUGAUCUUGAUAAAACAAUUUCAGAGAGACGGCAAGAUUCUUCAAUUGGUUUUGGAGCACCUGUUCGAGCUAAUAUGAGGGCCACUGGGCUAACAAAUGCUGCUGUGACAUCGUCUUUGCUUGAAACGGUUGAGAGUUCAGAUCUUAUUGCAUAUGGCCUCAUACCAGAGUUUAUAGGACGCUUUCCAAUAUUAGUUAGUUUGUCGGCUUUAACUGAAGAUCAACUUAUGCAGGUGCUCACAGAACCAAAAAAUGCUCUUGGAAAGCAGUACAAGAAGUUAUUUAGCAUGAACAACGUGAAGCUACAUUUUACAUCUAAAGCAUUGAGACUAAUUGCAAAAAAGGCAAUGGCUAAGAAUACUGGUGCCAGGGGUUUAAGAGCUAUACUGGAAGGCAUUCUUACUGAAGCCAUGUAUGAGAUUCCAGAUGCAAAGACUGGAAACAAUAGAGUAGAUGCUGUUGUGGUUGAUGAGGAGUCAGUGGGUUCAACAAAUAUCCCCGGAUGCGGAGGGAAGAUUCUUUGUGGAGAUGGUGCUUUGGAGAAUUACUUUGCCGAAGCCAAGUUGAAAGAUUCUGCGGAAAACCUUGCAUCAGUAGAAAGGGAGCUGCAGGAGGGUGAAUCAGAGGUUUCAUCAAGAGCCAUGAGCUUGUAAUAUUUUUGCCACCACAGCUAUUGCUGUGCUGUGCUUUGCUAAAUUUCUGUCAUUUGUAAAGAUAAUAAUCAUUCAUAGCUGCAUUUAUCUUGUAACAACAUAGCUUUUGGUUCCAUAGUUGAAUGGAAAAAGAUAAAAGAAAAGGAGAGGGAAAAUGAAAAUGUAGCAGUAAUACGCACUUGAGCAUUUGGCUCGUUGUUUGGUGUAUGAUCCUGUAUUUAGAAAGUAGGAUUCAAAUCCCCCUUUCUCUAAUUUAAAAAAAAAAUGUAACAAUAACACAAAAAGCAGGAUCUUGUUUAAAAUUUUGUCCCAUUGGAGGAAGAGGUAUUAGUCAAUGAAA